UCCUCAACAUUACAUUCACAGUCAGCACCGAAUCCAACAUUUUCCAGUACUCAAACGACGUCUCCGAUAAUGCAGACCACCCAAUCAAUUUCAACUUCCUCUCAUGUGACAAACACUUCAACACUGUCUACAACUGUUUCAUCACAAGCAAUAACAAGCAGUCAAGGAGAAACUACCACUUCUGUUACAAUGGCAAAACCUUCCUCAGCUGCAACAGAAACAUCUGCUUCGCAGUCCACACUUUCUACUUCGGUGUCAUCAGAAACAUCAGUGCACACAACUGCUUCAUCUCCAGAAACCUUUGAAACUGCAAGCACUUUGUCCUCAACAUUACAUUCACAGUCAGCACCGAAUCCAACAUUUUCCAGUACUCAAACGACGUCUCCGAUAAUGCAGACCACCCACUCAAUUUCAACUUCCUCUCAUGUGACAAACACUUCAACACUGUCUACAACUGCUUCAUCACAAGCAAUAACAAGCAGUCAAGGAGAAACUGCCACUUCUGUUACAAUGGCAAAACCUUCCUCAGCUGCAACAGAAACAUCUGAAACAUCCACCUUAACACAGGCAACUCUUUCAGCAACUUCUGAAAAUGCAACCACCUUCUCACCAACUUCACAUUCACAGUCAGCAAACAAGCCGACAUCUCCCAUUACAGACAGUACAGCUCCCACGUCACAUACAACAGAAAUACAUCCAACUUCUCCCGAGUCAACAACACAGUCAACGCUAUCUGCAACUUCGUCAUCACAGCCAAUAACUAGUAGCCCAACAGAAACAACAUCUUCAUUGACCACUCCUAUGCCUUCAACUUCUGAAACAGAAUCAACCGGUUCUCCUCCUCUAGCUUCGCAGUCCACACUUUCUACUUCGGUGUCAUCAGAAACAUCAGUGCACACAACUGCUUCAUCUCCAGAAACCUUUGAAACUGCAAGCACUUUGUCCUCAACAUUACAUUCACAGUCAGCACCGAAUCCAACAUUUUCCAGUACUCAAACGACGUCUCCGAUAAUGCAGACCACCCAAUCAAUUUCAACUUCCUCUCAUGUGACAAACACUUCAACACUGUCUACAACUGCUUCAUCACAAGCAAUAACAAGCAGUCAAGGAGAAACUGCCACUUCUGUUACAAUGGCAAAACCUUCCUCAGCUGCAACAGAAACAUCUGGUAGUCCUCUGUCGACAGACUCACUGUCAACAACUAUUAUUUCUGUUCCAUCAGAAACAUCCACCUUAACACAGGCAACUCUUUCAGCAACUUCUGAAAAUGCAACCACCUUCUCACCAACUUCACAUUCACAGUCAGCAAACAAGCCGACAUCUCCCAUUACAGACAGUACAGCUCCCACGUCACAUACAACAGAAAUACAUCCAACUUCUCCCGAGUCAACAACACAGUCAACGCUAUCUGCAACUUCGUCAUCACAGCCAAUAACUAGUAGCCCAACAGAAACAACAUCUUCAUUGACCACUCCUAUGCCUUCAACUUCUGAAACAGAAUCAACCGGUUCUCCUCCUCUAUCGACAGCUUCGCAGUCCACACUUUCUACUUCGGUGUCAUCAGAAACAUCAGUGCAUCCAACUGCUUCAUCUCCAGAUACCUUUGAAACUGCAAGCACUUUGUCCUCAACAUUACAUUCACAGUCAGCACCGAAUCCAACAUUUUCCAGUACUCAAACGACGUCUCCGAUAAUGCAGACCACCCAAUCAAUUUCAACUUCCUCUCAUGUGACAAACACUUCAACACUGUCUACAACUGCUUCAUCACAAGCAAUAACAAGCAGUCAAGGAGAAACUACCACUUCUGUUACAAUGGCAAAACCUUCCUCAGCUACAACACAAACACCUGAAUCAACGGGUUCUCCUCCUCUAGCUUCGCAGUCCACACUUUCUACUUCGGUGUCAUCAGAAACAUCAGUGCAUCCAACUGCUUCAUCUCCAGAUACCUUUGAAACUGCAAGCACUUUGUCCUCAACAUUACAUUCACAGUCAGCACCGAAUCCAACAUUUUCCAGUACUCAAACGACGUCUCCGAUAAUGCAGACCACCCAAUCAAUUUCAACUUCCUCUCAUGUGACAAACACUUCAACACUGUCUACAACUGCUUCAUCACAAGCAAUAACAAGCAGUCAAGGAGAAACUACCACUUCUGUUACAAUGGCAAAACCUUCCUCAGCUGCAACACAAACAUCUGAAACAUCCACCUUAACACAGGCAACUCUUCCAGCAACUUCUGAAAAUGCAACGAACUUCUCACCAACUUCACAUUCACAGUCAGCAAGCAAGUCGACAUCUCCCAUUACAGACAGUACAGCUCCGACGUCCCAUACAACAGAAAUACAUCCAACUUCUCCCGAGGCAACAACACAGUCAACGCUAUCUGCAACUUCAUCAUCACAGCCAAUAACUAGUAGCCCAAAAGAAACAACAUCUUCAUUGACCACUGCUAUGCCUUCAACUUCUGAAACAGAAUCAACCGGUUCUCCUCCUCUAUCGACAUCUUCGCAGUCCACACUUUCUACUUCGGUGUCAUCAGAAACAUCAGUGCACACAACUGCUUCAUCUCCAGAAACCUUUGAAACUGCAAGCACUUUGUCCUCAACAUUACAUUCACAGUCAGCGCCGAAUCCAACAUUUUCCAGUACUCAAACGACGUCUCAGAUAAUGGAGACCACCCAAUCAAUUUCAACUUCCUCUCAUGUGACAAACACUUCAACACUGUCUACAACUGCUUCAUCACAAGCAAUAACAAUCAGUCAAGGAGAAACUACCACUUCUGUUACAAUGGCAAAACCAUCCCCAGCUGCAACAGAAACAUCCGGUAGUCCUCUGUCGACAGACUCACUGUUAACAACUAUUAUUUCUGUUCCAUCAGAAACAUCCACCUUAACACAGGCAACUCUUCCAGCAACUUCUGAAAAUGCAACGAACUUCUCACCAACUUCACAUUCACAGUCAGCAAGCAAGUCGACAUCUCCCAUUACAGACAGUACAGCUCCGACGUCCCAUACAACAGAAAUACAUCCAACUUCUCCCGAGGCAACAACACAGUCAACGCUAUCUGCAACUUCAUCAUCACAGCCAAUAACUAGUAGCCCAAAAGAAACAACAUCUUCAUUGACCACUGCUAUGCCUUCAACUUCUGAAACAGAAUCAACCGGUUCUCCUCCUCUAUCGACAUCUUCGCAGUCCACACUUUCUACUUCGGUGUCAUCAGAAACAUCAGUGCACACAACUGCUUCAUCUCCAGAAACCUUUGAAACUGCAAGCACUUUGUCCUCAACAUUACAUUCACAGUCAGCGCCGAAUCCAACAUUUUCCAGUACUCAAACGACGUCUCAGAUAAUGGAGACCACCCAAUCAAUUUCAACUUCCUCUCAUGUGACAAACACUUCAACACUGUCUACAACUGCUUCAUCACAAGCAAUAACAAUCAGUCAAGGAGAAACUACCACUUCUGUUACAAUGGCAAAACCAUCCCCAGCUGCAACAGAAACAUCCGGAACAUCAGUCCUCACAAUUGCUACAUCUCCAGAAACAUUUGAAACUGUAACUCCAAUAAUGCAGACCACCCAAUCAAUUUCAACUUCUUCUCAUGUGACACACACUUCAGCACUGUCUACAACUGCUUCAACACAAGAAUUAACAGUUAGCCAAGUGGAAAGCACCUCUGCCCUGACUACAAGUUUAUCUUCAUCAAGCAAAACAGAAACAGCUAGUACUCCUCUGUUGACAACCUCCUCAUCUAUAUUUACCACUUCUUUCUUAUCAGAAACGUCCAUUGCCCCUGCAUCUACAUUAACAACAACUGACACAUCAAGUAGCAUUUUAUCAACUUUAUAUCCAGUGUCUGGUACCUCUUCCACAUCCAUAUUUGACAAAUCGAGUUCUUCAAUAACAGGAACUUUUGAAACAUCUUCAACAAUUUUUCCCCUUUCAACAUCCCGGACAUCUUUAUCAACACAAUCAGUACAAACCACAAGUCAUCUGUACAGCUCUGAUCAUACAACAUCUUUGAUGUCUUCAUCAUUGUCAUCUAAAGUUACAACUUCAACAGAGGAGCCUCCUGUCAAAUGUUAUAAUGGUGGCACACCCGAUGGAUCCAAAUGCAUUUGUCCACCAAUCUAUAUGGAACCAUACUGUGAAACUGUCAGUUCAUCAUUUUCUGUGGAAAAAUACAACCGGAGUGCAAAUAUAACUCUAAAAAUAUGGAAUAUAAAUUUUACAAAAAAUUUGGAAAACAACACAUCAGAAGAGUACAAAGAUUUUGAAUUGAUUUUUUCUGAAGAGAUGAGAAAGAUAUAUGCAGGUGUUCCUCAUUACUUGGGUGUAAAAAUAAGGAGCAUCAGGAACGGCAGCAUUAUUGUCAACCAUGAUGUCUUGUUCCAGGUGAACAAUACUGCAGCAUCAAAUGCCGAGUAUGAUGAAGUUCUGGUGGACAUUAAAAAAAGCCUGGAACAGUCAGCAGCCUGUAUAAAUAUUUCCAGGCAGACAAGGCCUUCACAAACAUCCCAGCUAAAACAUCUACUUUCAUUGCUUGGAACAAGCAACUCAGGAAGCUGUUCAUUGUUGAAUCUGACUGGUGGCAAUAUAUCUGUCCAGAGUAUUCCAGUUGAUAACAGUGAAUUGUGCAAAUCACUUGUCCCUCCAGAGAUAGCUCUGUAUUACACAAGUGUCAGCCAGGACUUACCAUUGCAGUGCAUUUCAGUGUGUGAUGUGAGACACAAGGACUACAGAAACUGCAACAAUGGACAAUGUCAGCUUGAGAACUCCGGCCCUGUGUGCUACUGCCAUUCAACAAGCUCAUAUUGGUAUUCAGGAAGCCACUGCCAAGUUGUGAUCAAUAAAGUUGGACUGUACAUUGGGCUCAGCCUUGCAGUGGUUGUGAUCCUGACCGCAUUGGCAGUGCUUAUUGUUUACCUAUACAGGUGCAAGAACAGAAUGUACAGGAUUCACCAUAGCAAUGUAGACAGGACUGAAAAAUGGUACGAGGAAGAUUUUGUAUGGUGCAAUCCUAAUGUGCAGACCACAACUGUUACUCAAGUUUGUGAAAGCAACUGGACACAGCUUGAUGAAGGUACUACUAGCUCAAUGGAAGGCUCAAGCCAUGAAGUCCUGUUUACUACUGAGACAGAAUAAAAUGGGCAAAAGAUGUCAACGACAGUGCAGAUUGGACCUCAGAAAGGAACACUGAAAAAAGUUGUGCUUGAGUGAAACAGAAUAUCUUGAAACAUGGAAGAUUCACAACACUUGGACCUGGA